AUGGAUCGCCUUGAUCCCAAUCUCAAUAUUUUCAAAACUGAAAUGACAAUUUUUCCAUUGGAGUUACCGUCAGAAUCGGGGCAGACUACAGCUCAGCCGCCAAGUAACGCAAAGAAGAUGCAGUCCGAAGGCUACAAUCCACCUAUCGAAGAGAUUUCAUUUUUGAAUGUGGUGGACAAACAACUUCAUGUCUAUGUGACACUUGCGCAUUUGUCCAAAGAGAGAGAUCUGAAUCUCGUCCGUUCUAUUUUUUUGCCGACUGAUGUCAUGAAUAUGCCAAAGGAAAUAAGCGAGCGUUACGAUGGCAUUAAAGCAAGCUUUCAGCAGGCCUUUGUCACGCUAAAUAAACCUGCGAUCCCGUGGUCCUUGCCGGCAAGUGGAGCACGUCCCAAACCGAGAAUUCUCAAGAAGUAUGUCUCCGCUGUGACGGGGGAAAGAAAGCGAGGUGCUGAAACGACUGCUGAGGCUGUUCAUCCAAUGAAGAAACAAGCAAUUGGAGAUGAAGCAAUUACUGAGGCCAUUGAGAAGCUCCAGUUGUCUCCGGCUGAAGAAAAGGAUACAAGCGAUUCAACGUCCAACGAACCGAAGAGGCGAAGAAGGCCUAGAAAGGAAAAUCCGGCAUCUGAGAUCUCCCCGAAAAGAGCACGUGCUGCCAGAGCACCGAAAAAGCCUCGAGCUCCCAAGGCUCCUAAGACUCCUAAGGCUCCCAAGCCUCCCAAGGAGCCUAAGCCUCCCAAGGAGCCUAAGCCUCCCAAGGAGCCUAAGCCUCCCAAGCCUCCCAAGGCUCCCAGGGCUCCUAAGGCUCCCAAGGCUCCCAGGGCUCCCAGAGCCCCCAGAGCUCCCAGAGCUCCAAAAGCAGGUCAGAUUGAUGAAAUUCAUUUGACUGACUAG